UUCAUUAGUACUGCUGAUUGCGAAGUUGCUCAUUCAAUCCCCUUCUUGCGCGACCACAUCACAGGCAACACUAAUCGACAAUGAGGCUCGACCUCGGAGACUCAGCAAGCAAUGGCUUCACAGCCGUGCCCAGCUCAUCCUCAAGGGCAUGGGAUCGCGAGGUCAAUCUCCCGCCCGAAGACCCGAGCUUGCGUCUCUGCUCCAGACACCGCGUCAUGGAUCUCAAACAGUCCGAUUUCGCAGCUAGGCCUCAAGAGCAAGCGCUGCCGCCCGACUGGCACUUUGGAACUCUAUCAGACGUAAUCAUGCGCAGCGAUUACUGCGGGUUCUGCAAGAUGAUUGCUUCGUCCGUCUCUACGAACAACUACAAAGACGACGUAGAGGUCUUGGGCUGUUGGGUUCCGGAUGUGACCUUCGAGGGAACCGAUAUCAAGGGCACGGAGAAGACUCCUAUGAACACGCUGAGGUUACGGAUUGCUCCGGAGAUGGUAGGAUGGGAGGACGCGUUUGCCCCGUUCGACAUUGUUCCACUGGCCAAGGAUUGCGAGAAUGAUAUGUUUGAAGGAAGAGUCUUCGAUGCGAAGUCGAUUAACGGCGACCUCCUGAAAUCAUGGCUGCAGACUUGCGAAGAAAAACACCAUCUCGUUUGCUGGCGCAAAGACGAGCAUGCCGCUGGCCCCAUCGACCCAUUCAUCCGACUUUUAGAUCUCAAGGACAACUGCCUCGUCAAAACGUCUGAUCUCCCGGCCUUCGUUGCUCUGAGCUACGUCUGGGGCCGCGGGGCUGUGAAUUUCAAACUCACUACUAGCAAUCUUGACGAACUCUUCACGCCCGGUGGACUGAGCAAUAACUUUGACAAGUUGCCCAAGACGAUCCAAGACUCCAUCAAGCUGACGACCCUUCUCGGUCACCGAUACUUGUGGAUUGACUCACUCUGCAACAUCCAGGAGGGCAACGAUGAGGACAAGAAUGUCCAACUUAAUCUGAUGGACGUCAUAUAUCGCAGAGCUUCUUUCACAAUCGUUUCCGCCAACGGUGAAGAUGCAAAUGCCCGACUAUCUGGCAUCAACGGGGUCGAGAGGAGCAAAAAGCAGCACACCGCCGAGUAUCCGCCAGAGCUCACCUUACUCUCCCUCGUUCCCGAUUUCGAGGAUGGCGUUGAGAAGAUUAACUGGAACACACGCGGUUGGACCUACCAGGAACGACUCCUCUCGCGCAGGCUCGUCUUUUUCGCCGAUAACACGGUCUACUUCCAGUGCGGCCAGAUGACCUGCAGCGAAGACUUCAACAUGCUUCGCGACGACGUCACUCAGAGCGCCUCGCAGCAAAACAUCACUUUAUCUCGCGGGGAGGCACCUCCGACUCUGACCCGGCGGAACCAGUAUCGCCUAGGCAUCUCGCCCGGAUUCUACUAUCGCAUGGUCACGGAGUACACAUCACGAGAGAUGAGUCACACAGACGACCGAGUCAAUGGUUUCAAGGGUAUCUUGAACGUCAUUGAAAAGGUGCCCGAAUACAAAAGCGUCUUUAUCUGGGGUACUUGGGCAAAGGAUCUGCUCGCCUUUUCUCUGUUAUGGCAGCCGCGACAGGAACUCGGCAGGGUAGUCAAGUACAAAUCUGACCCGCCACUCGUCCUCUAUCCCUCAUGGUCGUGGGCUGGCUGGACGGGGGCCGUACGAUUUGACGACCUCGACGAUUGGAACGGCCUACCUGUGCUCGAGAGUCCGUUCGAUCGGGUUCGUCCAGCGGGCUGGGGCGUCUCGGUUGAGCUCAACAAAGACGAGAAACCAGAUCAGCACGACUUCCACCUACGACUACGAACGAGGGUUGGGAAGUUCAGGCUCACUCUCCACGACAGGAGUGGAGCCCUGAAGCCGCCCUCGUUACCGGAUGUCAAGGGGCCGCACCCUGUUCGCUUCGGUAUCACGCAGUCUGCACUUCCGAAAGAUGGAGGUGAUGACGAGUGGCUUGGGUCUAUUCUGAUGCCAAAAGGUUACCGGCAGAAGGGUAAGCUGGGGGACUCCUAUGAGUUUGUUGUUCUCUCAGAUGCAUACGGCUUCUCGGGAGAGGAGCUCUCAAGACAUGCCGGCCAAAAACCUUGGGAGGCUGUCAACGUGAUGUUGAUCAAUCGGAGAGACGUGGAUGGAAAAGAAUCAAAGGCUGUUUCAGUUGUUCAACGGGCUGGCGUAGGCAGGAUGUUGAAGUCGGCAUGGGAUGAGAUUUCCACGGAGCUGGAGGAGAUCUUAGUCGAGUAAUAAGUCCUACCGACGCAAGGCAUGAGGCUGACUUCCGAUGAACGUGCCAUGUAGUAACUUUCGACAGCCGGGACUUACUGUGAAUGCCAACUCCAAGAAGCGCAAUGAAUGAUUGUAGUUGUCACCAAGCCAACGAAUGAAAGAUGUCCGCAGACGGUGAGCAGAGGUAAUAGUUGAAUUGAGUGAAGUUCAAAGUCAAUUGAGAAUUGUUAAAGUAUAUACACUGAAUGUAAUCUGAGAGCAGCAUGAGCUUUUCUGGUUGCCAAAUUUCCCCCCGACCUA